CCUCCCCCUCUCCCCUCUCCCUCUCCCUCUCCUCGGCCGCGCGCCCGGGGCGAGCCGCGAGCGUCCUCUUCCGAGCCUUCUUCCUCCCUUUCCUUCCUCCCCACAUCGAGCCAAAAGACUCCCGUCUCUUUCCCCUCCUCCUUUCUCGCUCCCCCCCUUUUUUUUUUUCCAACCUAAACCCCCACUCUUUCCUUCCUUCAUCCUACCACCUAGUCUCCUCUCCUCCACGCCGGCCGGCAUGGCCUUCUGUUCCCAGCGCCAGUCACCUACCUCGCCACCCGUCUCCAUCCCACGCCUCGCCGCCUCGGAUAACUACUAGCUGCCGUACCGUGGGAGCGCCGCCUCUCCAGUCUCACCAACACCUCCUCCUGCUGCUCUCUGUUUUGGAUUCCCGUGCCGGAUUGACACCGCUCCCGCAUUACAGCGGCGCUCUUCGUGCGUGCGCCGGGGCCCCGGUGCUCAGGAUGGGGGCGACCCACGACGCCGAGGUGGACCAGGAGGAGGAGGCGCGGCGCAUGGCGAGCCUCCUAGCGGCGCGCCGCGCGCUGCGUGCCGGGCUGGAGAAGUCGCGCGCGCUGACCCACGCGCUGGCCCCGCGGCUGGAGGCCAUCCAGGCGCGUCUCCCGGCCAUGGAGGCGUCGGUGCGGCCGAUCCGCGCGCCGCGGGAGGCGCUGGCGACGGCCGGGACCAACAUCGACCGCGCGCUGGGCCCCGCCGCCGCCGUGCUCAAGGUGUUCGACGCCGUGCACGGCCUCGAGCCGCCGCUCCUCGACCGCGCCGCCGUCGCCGACGACCUCCCGGGCUACCUCGCCGUGCUGGCGCAGCUCGAGGCCGCGCUCCGCCUGCUCGCCGACAACUGCGGUCUCGCCACGCAGUGGCUCGCGGACGUCGUCGCAUACCUCGGGGAGCGAAGGCUCGCCGACGGCCGCUUCGUGGCGGGACUCGCCGCCGCGCUCGACCGGCUCAGGGACGCCGCCGCGACCGCCGACCUCGACGCCGGGCUGCUUGCCGCCGCGCUCGACUUGCUCGAGGCCGAGUUCAGGCGGCUCCUCAAGGACCACUCCGCGCCGCUUGCCAUGAAGGACCCCGCCGGCGGCGGCUCCGACCCGCCGGCCGUCGUGCCGUCUCGGAUCCCUGCCUCCGUCGUGUACAAGCUCAGCCUUAUCCUUGACCGCCUCGCUGCCAACGGCCGGAUUGACCACUGCUCGUCCGCGUACGCGGACGCGCGAGGGGAUACCGUGAGCGCCAGCCUCCGCGCGCUUGGACUUGAUUACCUCAAGGAGACAUCGGGGGACGCGCAGGCGCUCAGCCCCAGCGUCGAGCGCUGGGGCCGGCAUCUGGAGUUUGCGGUGCACCACCUCCUUGAAGCUGAGAGGAAGCUCUGCGUCGCCGUGUUUGAACGCCGGCCAGAGGCCGCGCCGGUGUGCUUUGCUGAGAUUGCAGCUCGUGCUGGCAUUCUUGAUUUCCUGAAUUUCGGCCGUGCCCUGGCUGGUGCCAGGAAGGACCCCAUAAAGCUAUUGCGGCUGCUUGAUGUGUUUGAUUGUUUGAACAAGCUGAGGCUGGACUUCAACCGAUUGUUCGGUGGAAAGGCGUGUGUAGAGAUCCAAAGCAGGACUAGGGAGCUUGUCAAGACGGUCGUGGAUGGUGCUGUUGAGAUCUUUGAGGAAUUACCUGUUCAGGUGGAGCUGCAGCGCAAUUUGCCGCCACCAGUUGACGGUGGAGUGCCACGCAUCGUGAGCUUUGCCGCCAAGUACUGCAAUCAGCUUCUUGAUCAGCCGUAUCGAUCUGUGCUGACACAGGUGAUCACCAUCCACCGCAGCUGGCGCAAAGAAGUGUUCAACGACAAGAUGCUGGUUGAGGCAGUGCUUAGUAUCAUUAAGACGCUAGAGAUAAACUUUGAUACAUGGUCAAAGUCUUAUGGAGAUCCGACACAGUCAUCUCUCCUCAUGAUGAACAUACACUGGCACUUCUUCAAACACCUGAAGGGUACUAAGCUGGGUGAGCUGUUAGGCGAUCCAUGGCUCCGGGAGCAUGAACAGUACAAGGAUUACUACUCAACAAUGUUUCUGAGGGAGAGCUGGGGAACACUUGCACCCCUGUUGAGCAGGGAGGGCAUGAUCAUGUUCUCCAAGGGCCGUGCUACUGCAAGAGAUUUAGUGAAACAGAGGCUCAAAUCAUUCAAUGCUAGCUUUGAUGAGAUGUUUCAAAAGCAGUCUAAAUGGGUGAUAUCGGAUAGGGAUUUGCAGCAGAAGACGUGCCACCUCGUGGUGCAGGCUGUAGUGCCUGUUUACAGGAGCUUCAUGCAGAACUAUGGGCCGCUUGUUGAGCAGGACGUUAGUGCGAGCAGGUAUGUGAAGUACAGCGCCGACGAUCUGGAUAAGAAGCUCAACACACUCUUCCUGGCCAAGCCAGGCAGGCCAAUGAGAGCUGGAAGUUUCCAAAUCAAAAAUUCAGAUGACAAGAUUACCAGCGCAAUGACCGGACUGUAUCGGAGUGCUUCUACUCUGAAGUAGCUUCAGUGGGAGUUUGGAAAGACUGAACGCACAAUUUGUGCAAUAAGCCAAUAACUUGGUAGGCAAGGAUGAUUCGGGCCAGUAAGUCAAGAUCCCCACUUAUGUGGGGGUGUAAUAAUGGUCCCAUGAUUAGAAGAGCUGGAGCAUAUAAGAAGAACUGACAUUGCGGGGGAGAAGAUGACAGGAGUGUUUCCUCAGAGGGUCUCCUUCCUGUCGAUCAUCUUUUCACCUUCUAUUGCAUUCUUAUCUGUAGCAAGUAUACUCAAUUCAUUUUAGAAACUUGUGUGGGAGCAGAGGAUGUGUAAUCAGUUAUCUGGUACAUGUUAGUAGGUUGUAUUAUAGGAGGUGAUAAGUUGUUUCAUAUGGUUAUGGUAUACUAUGUUUUAGAUCUUAUGAACAUGCAGUGAACUAUAUGGUAUAACUGGUGGCGAAUGGGAAUUACAGCAGUUAAUUAUAUGGAAUAGUAUACUGUUUUUUC